UUGUUGCUGGGGAAGUCUCUGCAGCCUUUCCUCUGGUCAAGGGCUGAACCCCGUAGUCUCAAUCUUUAAUUAACUUUCCUCUGACCCCUCUGCAACACUGGCUGCUGGAAGGCUUCUCCCUGGGGUGAGGAAGACACCUGCUUGCGCAGCAGUGUCCUUCAGGUUCCAGAUUGCUGCCCCUUCCCAGCUGUUAUGGAGGCCCUGUGACUUCUGCUGAUCUCAGUAGCCAAUAUUAAUAGGGGAAAAAUAGCUCAAAUGACCCAGCUUCCACUCUGCUGUGACAUGAACUUUCUGCGUCUUGAGGUUAAGAUCCUCCAAAAGUAUAUUACUGUCUUUCUUCCACUGCCUUCAAGUCAGUGAAAGUAUGUAUAAUUUUCUACAACAGCAAAAGGCAGCGAAGCUAGAGGAUCUGGUGUUCCGAUAUUAUUUCAUCAUGCUGCUAAAAUUUGCCUGAGGAAUGCAUGCAAGAGAAAAGAAAUGAUGAUUCUUAAGAGCUUACGGCUCACCUGAACCUGGAUAAAAUUUCAUGGGGUAAAGAAAAGUCAUUUCUCUAGCCUGAGGGCUUUCUCCCUGCUGAGUUUCAAAGGUCUGCUGCAAAUAAUGGAAAUGUCAGAGUUUUUCAAAACUUUGCAAGAAUCUUUUCCAAAGUUCCACUUACAAGACAUGCUAUAAUUUCCUGGAAGGGAACUGUCCACCAGCACUUUACGUUCAUCAUGGAAUCAUCAUAGAAUGGUUUGGGUUGGAAGGGAACUUAAAAAUCAACUGGUUUCAACCCUCUUGCCACGGGCAGGGAUGCCACCCACUAGAUCAGGUUGCCCAAAGCCCCACCCAGCCUGGUCUUGAACACCUCCAGGGAUGGGACAUCCACAGCCUCUCUGGGCAAGCUGUUCUACUGCCUCAUCAUCCUCAUAGUAAAGAAUUUCCUCCUAGCAUCUAAUCUAAAUCUUCCCUCUUUUAGUUUAAAACCAUUCCCCCUUGUCCUAUCACUAUCUGCCUGUGUAAAAUGUCACUGUCCAUCUUUUUCUUGUAAGCCCUCAUUAAGUACUGAAAGACCACAGUGAGGUCUCCCAGGAUGCAAUUGGCUUUCUGGGCUGCAAGCACACACUGCUGGCUCCUUUCAAGCUUUUUAUCCACUGGAACCCCCAAGUUCUUCUCCUCAGGGCUUUUCUCAAUGAGUUCUUCAUCCAGUUUGUACUCAUGCCUGGGAUUGCCCUAACCCUACUUUGCUCCCCCAGCCCUCAUCUACAGGUUCAGGGAAAUGAGACGCGGGAAGCCUGACUGGCAGAGAAGACUGAGGCAAAGAAGUUGUCAAAUACCUCAGCCUUCUCCAUGACUGUCAUUACCAGUUCUGCCUUCUCAUCCAUCAGAGGGGACACACUCUCCUUGGCCUUUCUUUUCUGGUCAAUGUACCUGCAGAAUCCCUUCUUGUUAUUCUUUGCACCCCUUGCCAAUCUCAGUUCCAUCCAUUCCUUGGCUUUCCUGAUUCCAUCCCUGCACAUCCAGACAGCAUCCCUGUACUCUUCCCAGGCCACAUGUCCCUGCUCCCACUGCCUGCGCAUUUCCGUCUUGUGCCUCAAUUUGCGCAGCAGGUCCUUGCACAGCCAUCCUGGUUUCCUGCCUUCCCUGCUUAUUUCUCACACAUGGGGAUGGAGAGCUCUUGCGCUCUCAGAAGAGUGUCCUUAAAGAGUUGCCAGCUCUGAUCAGUUCCUCUGUCCCUAAGGACAGUAUCCCAGGAGAUCUCAUCCACUAAUUCUUUAAUUAUUCUUUACAUUAUUCUUCGGUUUUGAUUUGCACUUCCAUCAAGUCAGUGUUAAUUUAACUUCUCUAUUUUCUUGCAUCUAAUUUAGAGCAUGCUGCAUAAUCCUAAGCAAACUGUGCACCUCAGCAUGUGCUUUCUGCAAGGCCCUUCUGCUCUUCUAGCUGAAUUGGUGCCUCCAAGAUGGGCUUUGCCCCAGUACCAGCUCGCUGUGUAGGGUUUCCAGUUGAGCACCUCUUACAGGGGGGAAUUUCCAGCAAGUAGAGGAAAUUACCCCAUCAACCUCAUAGAUUUUAUAAGGAUUGCCCCAUGUUUAUGAAGGAAAAAGCAUGUGUCACACAGCCAUGGGGUAUGCUGAAGAAAGGGAAACAGUGCAGAUCUCUUCUGGGGCCGCACACACCCACACCACCUCUUCUGGAAGGGACUGACAGCAAGGUCUGUCCCAAAAACCAAGCUUUGCUGGGGACAGAGACAUCCUCAAAAUGGAAACACAGAGGACGCUUGCCUGUGAGUCACUGUAGGCACCGGCAGAAGAAAGGGAGAAAAAACAAACAAACAAACAAAACAAACAAACAAACAGCAUUGCCAACUAGCUGUUUGACAGAGAUUGCCACUGGAGAGUAGGCACUGCUCAGCAGCACCAGGAUGUGUGCCACAGCCAAGUGUCCCUACUGCACCCGCAAAAGGCUGCCAAGCUUACUGAGCUCAGAGCAUCCUCAAGGUAGAGCAGCAGAAAGUGUGACAACCCCAGCCACCUAGCAUGAGAAACAAAACAAAGCAAAACAAAAACAACAACAAAAACACUUUUUCAUGUGUACCCUAGGAUUGCCUCGCACCAUGAAGCAAUAAGAAUGACCUUACCCAUUGUGGUUUCAAGAAGUGACACAGUUCUGCAACCAGCCUGACUACAGCACUUUUCCCCAGGGAGAGAGGUACAUUAAAUCCCAUAUAGCUGCAAGGCGCAGAUCACCUCUUAAUCUGGCAACACAGCUUUCAGGCUAUGCCGUGCCAUUGCUUUGCGAGGUGGAAUGCAGCAAGGUUAAUGCAGGUUUAUCUCAAUUUUUUAAAAAUGCAUUUUCCAUUUUAAAAUUAUUUGGCCCCACUGUCUCCCAACUCAUUUACAUUAGCGUAAACUGGGAGUAGCUCAGAAUUAAUAGGAUUAUGCCAAAUGUAUGUCAUAUCUAAAUCAUAUCCAUUCUAUUCAUGUAAUUCAGAAAUCUUGGAACAAUUUCUGGUCACACAUGCGGUUUUGGUUAACCAUAAGCAGUUAGUAUUAGGCUCCGUUUUCAGAUUCUGAAUUCAUGCUUUACUCAAGUGACUCCCAUUAAAACAGAGUAACUAACCCCUCUGCAACUCUUUCAUAUUUGUCCCUAACAGCCUUUUCAAAACCUAAAACUAAGGAUGUCUGAUUAGAGCAAAAUGUAUAUCCUCAUUAUGGGGGGCUUAGAUAGUGCAAAGCAUGUUUAUAAUGUUUUGCAGUAUUAGCAGAUGGGUUAAAAUCACGUUUUCAGACUGAACCGAAUCCUCUUGGACAAAUGUAGGUUAGUUCUUUGAAUCUAGGGUCCUUAUUAGUGUCAUCUUUAAUCUCUCCAGAGAGAAGGACGUAUAUCCCUGUACAUCAUCUUAGUGGUGGUGGGAGAGGGCUCAGAUGACUUGACAGGAAAGGCAGUUUCCCUUCAGAAAGCUGUCCGUAGCCUACAGUGCUGUACUGGGGAUGUGGAGGGAUGGAUACAGGGUUGGGUUGGGGAGGUCCAUUGCUCUGGUGCUACAGAGCACUGGUUGCGCAUGGGAUACACAGGAGGCACAUGAAGUGCAUAUGGCACAUUGGUUGAGGUGCAGACACCAAAUGCUGGAGCCAAGCAGGUUUUGAGGGGUGUUUCUGGUCCUCCCCAGGCAUUUGGGCUGUGCAUACAAGUGCUGCAGUAGGAGGACACUCUGAAUCAGGUGUGAAAAAGAGGGCAUUUUGCAUUGCAGGAUUUUGCACCAGGUCUUUACGUGCACAGGGAACAGAGUUGCUGUGGCUUUCAGUGCUUUCACUGGAAAGAUGAGGGGAUGAGGAAAAGAAAAAUAUUUGGCUAACUCUCACUCACACUUCUGAACAGUCCCCCAUUUCCCAUGAGGUCUCUUUGCUACCAGUGAAGAAUCCACACUAAACAGCAAACAACACACCAAACCCCAACGACAAAGGCAUCAGAAACUGGUCCUGAGCAAACACCAUUAGAGUUUCUGGAGUUUGGAUGUAGUUCUCCUGCUACAGUACAACUGGAAGAUAUGUCAGGGUGGGAAAGGAUGACCUUUUCUUUUUUUUUUAAAUUAAUAAUAAUAAUGAAAAGAGUAUAGACAUUCCUUGGAGGUCUGAUGAUAACACUGAAGUUAUUGGAAGGCCUCCCAUUGAUUGCAGUGCAGUUUGGGUCAGUCCCUCCAACACACUGUGGAGGUUCUGCAGUCCUUUGAACUCGAUCUUAUUUCAGUGGCUCUGUUAAUGCUUAGCUGUGUUUCAUGAAUUGUGAUAGUAUUGCAUUUGUAAGAGAGUCACUUAUAAUUCAAAACUAUACAGCUUGGGCUCAGGAAAAAAAUCAUGGUAUAUGUUCAGCAACAUAUUUGGUGUCAUGUAGCCAUUCUACAGAGUGCAUUUAACUGUGUUUUGUGUAUUAUUCUUAACAUGCAUUCACACUAGACAGCAAAGCAGCAGUUAUGGGGUAUGCUGUGAAUGCAUACUAACAGCAGGACACAUUUGCAUAUCAUGGAUCCAUAAUACAAAAUGUGUAGUAAAAUCCUUAUGAAAAGUUAUUAUGCAUGCACAGUAGAGGCUUUUUAAACCUUGAUAUCUCAGCUAUUUUGUUUCUCCACUAUUUAUUUGAAAAUAUUAAAAAGGUCAAAUGAUGGAUUAAGAAUCUGCAAAAAUGUAAUGUUACUGCUACAGAGGGAAUCCUCCAGCACGGUCUAAUUCAUUUAUUUUGUUUUUAGUACCAGUAUGAGCCAUUCAAAAAUGCAUUUUAUGAUAACAUUUGAGUAGUUAAAAAAAAAAAAAAAAAAAAAAAACCAAACUUCAGGAGGAAAAAAAAGAGAAAAUAUUUUAAUAAAAGCAUUAUUUGGAGGUUGGGUGAUAUAACUGGAAAUUUUUACAGCCUUCUCUUAACACAGAGACACUACAAUGUCGACCUUUCCUUCAAUUUCUUGUAAUAUUUUUAGUAUGCAUUGAAACAGGGUUCAGUUCCCCGGGACUUUGCAUAUUUAGAUUAUCGUGCAUUGUAUAAUACUCUGAAUAUGCAGAAUCCUUGAAAAGGUUGACAACCCUUAGGACCUUCCACAAUAUAAAUCUUAAUACAUAAAUUCCUAUUGAGAAUAAUGGGAUUCUACCCUCUUCUCUGUUACACAGACUGUAAUAUUUGGGAUAAAAUGAAAUGAAUGUUAUGAAUAAUACAGCUCUUGCUCCUUUUGAACAGUUGCCACUUAAGUUUUAACAUCUUUCUCACUGUAAAUACAUUUGCUUUAAAAAAUAAAAAUAAAAAGAGGUCUGAGCUCUAUAAAGAGGGAAUGACCUGAUAUUCCUUGUUUCUCUUAAAAAUAUAUAUUUUUAUACACACACACACACACAAAGUUUAGAGGAGGGAUUUUAUUUCAGCCAGGGACCCUGACAUUAUUGAACACAUACACAUAGAUGUACAUAGCACACACACAUGCACACCUUGUUCUGCUGCUGCCUCUCUUUUUUUUUUUUUUUUUAAUUAAAAAAGUCCAGAUUUAAAUGAAACUUUGUGAAAACAAAAUAAUUGGAUCAGGGCUCAUAACAUUAAAGCCAAGCUUGGGCCCGAUGUGAAUUAACGCAGAUGAGUUAUAAACCCUUCAAAAACAGGAUUUAUAACAGAAACGCUGACACAGACCCAUAACAAUAGCAGCUCUACCAGGGAUUAUUUUAAUACUAAAAGCAUACUCAGCAUCUCACUUUUUAAAAUAGAGAUUACUUAGUUGCUAAAAGGCAGUGAUAAACAAUAAUAAUAAAAGCAAACUUUCAAAAAAUGUUUCCAAGAUGACAUGUCGUCCUCCCGACUCCUGAUAUUGCUUAUGUGUGACGUGCCCCUCAUAAGAAAACACCACAAAACAUCUAAAAAACAAACCAAGGUGGAGUUUGCCAUAAGCUCUAUGGCCGGGCUGAGCCGAGAGGCUUUGUCAGCUCCAUUUAAUAGUUUCUUGUCUGAGGGAAGAGACAAAAGGGUUAAGGGAGCAAGAGCAGAGAGGCGAGGAGGAGAUGCAGGCAGCUGAUGGGCAGAGAAAGGAGAUGGGAAAAGGGCACAAGGGAAGGAGCUGCAAAGGGGCACAUGGAAGCACAGAGGGGAAGGACGGAGGAAGAGGCAGGACAUGCUGCCAGCGACGUGACCUCAGGUUUGAGGUUUCAGGGAAGCGCUCACGACAGGCCAGGCAAGCGGAGGAAACCCCAUAAGCACCCCGAAUCCUCACCCACACCAGGGGCGGGAAGGGUGCGAGCAAGAGAUCACUGGGUCUGCACGGCAAACCGCUCAUCACCGGAAAGGGCAAUGCUUCUUUGAUCCUCACACUGUGACACUGGAACUCUCACAGUUUUCUUCUAACGCCUCUUUUAGGGGGGGGAGGUCAAAAAAUGCCGAAGGACGUGAGGGGAGGAUUUCUUAACGGCAGUAGGGGAUUUGCUGCUGUUAUCCUGUGUACUGUAGCAACACACUGCACUUCAACAAAAAUAAAUAAAUAAAUAAAUAGAUAGAUGAGGAGAAUAGAAGGAAAAAAAAAAAAAACCCAACACCAAAAAAACAAAAAAAGCCCACACCCCGAAAUCGCUCACAACAGAAUCACACAAGAACUACUUUUUGUGACUGUGCUAUAUAGUACCAGCAUUGCAUCCCAAUUCCUGCCUUCCUUUUUUUUUUUUUUUCCUGGGUACCAGGUGCACCGGAGGGACUUCGAUCAAUACAAGACAGCACUUUUUAUAUAAACAAUACCGUAUUAACAACUACAGGGCAGCCGUACCUGUAGGCAGGGAUAGCACCAAAUGUUGGCAUGUCUAUCCAUGCAGCUAGGCUGCUAAAAAGAAGCAGCUCCAGUGGAAAAGCACCUACUGCAUGUGCAAUGCUGGUGCAGAUUUUUUUUCUUUUUUUUUUUUCUUCUAUCAGUCUAACCUUCUGUGUUGAUACAUGAAUGCUGGUACCCACUUAGAGGGAUGCCAGAUGAUCAGUGCAGAAUGAAGGUCCCAGGAGAAAGGCUCACGUGGUUUUCUCUGCCCCGUGACGUCACUAGCAGAUGGCAUGGGUACCAGCUCUGGCAGUUGGCAUCAAUGUCACUUUUUAGAGAUCAAUGAGAUAGUGCAGAUAUACACAGAUCUAGACUCCAGGAGACGAUGCGACACUCAGACUGAAAAGAUUUGGAAGGCAAAAAAUGAAAACUGAUUGUUGAAUGAAAUAAAAAGCUAAGGUAAUACAAAUAAAGAUAUAUUUCAGUUGGUGCUGGGUGUGCAUGCAAGUGUUUAAAGAUACAGUAUCAUUGUCUUGUAUUUUAUGUAUGCUAUUUACUCUCUAAUAACUCCUCCUAACAUUUUAUUCUUCUGAUGCAAUUGCAUACUUUCGUUGGUGUGAUGUAAUGUUGCAAGUAUGUAGACAAUAGUGCUAGAGUUAGUUUUUUACCGGGGUUUUUGUUUAGUUUUGUUCUAUUAAGUCCCUGCAUUCGUUUUGUUUGUCUCUUUGAGGACCGUGUGUCCAAGUGUUUGCUGCUCCCAAACUGAAAACAAAAGCAAAAAUAAUUGGAAGGGGGAAAUUAUUUCCCCGUUUCAGCCUGGAUUGUGAACACACGUGCACGAAUGCAGCCAGAGCCCACAGCCCGCUGCUGUCAGCCAGGGGCUGGGGGAGACGCCUGAGCCUUGCAGAACAUAAACACUGCUAUAGCGUGCAGGGAAAUUUUUUCCCCCCUCUAAAUGAUGGGGGAGGGAAAAUAAAAAAAAAAAAAAAAAAAAAAGAGGAAAAAAAAAUAAGUAAAUAAGUUAAAUCUAGCCAAGUAUAUAAUACGAUUUAGAUUUUUUGCUGGGAAAAAGAAAAAAAAAAAGGUAGGGAGAUUUUAUUUCCUAAUUCUGAUCUGAAUACAUUUAGGGUUCAAUGCUUCCUGAUUUUUGUCUAAGUAUGAAAUAAGUAAUGUGUGAUUUUCAUAGAAAUCAUUAGAAAAAAAUAUUUUAUUUUUUGAUUACUAGCUGAGUAAUUUGGGGGGAUGUUCCAUUAAUAUAUUUUCUCACCCACUGUAACUCACUGGAGUUUAAUAUCUUGAUUCAAAAAGGAAGAAAUGUGGAGGGACAAAAACUCUGAAAUUUAAGUUUAAAGUGAUUUAAAAAAUGUUUAACCAUCAGUUAAUAGAGAUAUGGCACUUUUCAAUUUUAAGACUGCUCUCGUUCUUCUCAUUUUUUCACCCAGGGGAAUUUGGAUUAAUGAAAUUUCUGUAUUGCUUUAGCAUGUUUUGCAUUUCUUUGAAUUCCAUGGUGGCAAGGGUUCGAAGGGCUUGUUUAAAAAUAAGAUAAAUGAGAUGAGAGGUAAUUGUGCAUUUUAAAUAUUGAUUUACUCUACUUAUCUGUAAGAAAUGUGGCUUUUUGUUGUGAGAUCCUGAAUGUUUCAAGUGAUUUUAAAAUUCCAGAUAACACUUAUUUUUUGAUAAGCAAGCAUUUGCAAUUGACCUUUUAUGAGAAAAAUGUAGAUUGUGCCUUUAUACACACACACACGCACUCCUAUACAUACAGCGUGCACUAAGACACAUUCAAGGUGCAUGAGGAUGUGUCUGUAAGUCGGCAAACUUUAUAAAUGGAAAUAUUUAAAUAUUGUGCUGGCCCUCUUUCAGGUAACUUAAGAUUAUAGAACCAUGCUAACACUACCGUUUGAUGAGUCUGUUGUAAUGCCAGAAUCCCAGAUGUGCAGAAAGUUUUCCAGAGAAAGCGAUGACCAAAAGCAAAUGAAGAACCCGGAAAGCUUUUCGAAGCAGAUUGUACUCCGUGGAAAGAAUAUUAAAAGAUCUCCUGGAGAAGACACAGAGAAAGAGGAGGAAGAGGAAGAGAGGGAAGAAGAGGAUGAGAAUGGCUUGCCCAGGCGAAGGGGCCUUCGGAAAAAAAAGACGAGCAAGAUCAGGAUGGAAAGGAUCAAAUUCAGGCGACAAGAAGCCAAUGCGCGAGAGAGGAACCGGAUGCAUGGCCUUAACGACGCCCUGGACAAUUUAAGGAAAGUGGUCCCUUGUUACUCUAAAACACAAAAACUGUCUAAAAUAGAAACCUUAAGACUAGCCAAGAACUACAUUUGGGCUCUUUCUGAAAUCCUGCGAAUUGGCAAGAGGCCCGACCUGCUCACCUUCGUCCAAAACUUGUGCAAGGGUCUGUCCCAGCCAACGACAAACUUGGUGGCGGGAUGCCUGCAGCUGAAUGCCCGAAGCUUUCUGAUGGGCCAGGCGGGCGAAGGCACCCAUCAUGCCCGCUCGCCCUACUCCACCUUCUACCCCCCCUACCACAGCCCUGAGCUCGGCACCCCCCCAGGGCACGGGACUCUUGACAACUCCAAGUCCAUGAAACCCUACAACUACUGCAGCGCGUACGAGUCCUUCUACGAGAGCACUUCCCCCGAGUGUGCCAGCCCACAGUUUGAAGGUCCCUUAAGUCCUCCCCCAAUUAACUAUAAUGGGAUAUUUUCCCUGAAGCAAGAAGAAAGCUUGGACUAUGGCAAAAAUUACAAUUACGGCAUGCAUUACUGUGCAGUGCCACCCAGGGGUCCCCUUGGGCAGAGCUCGAUGUUCAGGUUGCCUACAGAGAGCCACUUCCCUUACGACUUACAUCUGCGCAGCCAGUCUCUCACCAUGCAAGAUGAAUUAAAUGCAGUUUUUCAUAAUUAAUGAGGAAAAUGAAAAUAAACAGUGGUCAUUCACCUCCCCAUCUAAUUAAGAGCGAGCAGAUGCUUGGGCACUGAGUAAUUGGCACAACUCUAUUUAACGUGUUUACUAGUUUCUAAAGUGUGUUUCAACUAUUGUGGGGAUUUUCUAUGUAUUAAUAAAUCCUUUUUCCGAUAA